UGCCAGACAGAUCGAGUGAGGGAGUUGUAUACAGAUCCCAGAGCUGGAAAGAAAAGAGGAAGUCAGGAGACGGCGGUGGAGGCGAAAAAAGAGGUGGAAAAGCCCAGAGAGCAAAUCUGGUGGAAGCAGUCCUGGCAUGAACACGAUGACGUUGCUGUGGCCCCGUUGCUGUUCCACCUAUUGGCUUCUUAUAGUCUCUGCCCUGAGCAUGAUUCUACUGGGUACCUGCACCAGCUCUUCCCUCAUAAGCCUACCUGCACAGAAUGUCUUAAGGAGACCAUCUCAUUUGAAGAUGGAUCAGGCAUUGCUACUUAUUAACAAUGCAUUACAUCAUGAGGGAUUUGUUGUCUACUGGAGAUCAGACCAAUGCUACCAGUGCCUGUAUCAGACUUUAGUAAGAAUUGGGGCUUCAAAACAAAAUGGAAACCAAGUAACUGCAGUUAUUGAAACUCAGCAUCCCGUUACUCUGCUGUUGAAUGACUCAUCAGGACAAAAGGAACUUUGCCAAAUGCACUAUCACUUUAGGGAAUUUGGUAACUAUUCAUUGUGGGUGAAGAGUAACCUUUCUAGCAGUGAUAAUGUAACAUGUGAAAUAAUUAUCAACCAAAAUCCUGCCUACAGUUACAUACCGAUUCUCAUUGCUGUUCUUACCUAUAUGGGCCUUAUUAUCAUUGUGUUUGUGGUCAAGUUUCUGCUGAGGCUUACUCUUGUCCGAAAUUGGUUGUAUAAAAAGAUGAACCCCAUUGAAACUGACCGUCUUGUUAAUUCGGAACUGGGAUCCCCUAACAGGGCAGAUAUAUCUAGCCAGGAAACCUAUUCAAGAGCUUGGAAUCCUUCAGUUCAAAGACUUCGUUCGCUUGACACUUUUAGAGGGCUUGCUCUUACAAUAAUGGUUUUUGUUAAUUACGGUGGAGGAGGCUAUUGGUUCUUCAAACAUCAGAGUUGGAAUGGUUUAACUGUAGCAGAUCUGGUUUUCCCAUGGUUUGUGUUUAUUAUGGGGACAUCAAUUUAUCUUUCCUUGAAUUCCAUGCUAUCGAAAGGUAGCUCCAGGUGGAAUCUGCUUGGAAAGGUGUUGUGGAGGAGUGUCCAGCUGUUCCUAAUUGGCUUAUUUGUGAUAAAUGUAAAUUAUUGCCGUGGUCCUUUAUCUUUUAGUGAAAUUCGUAUUAUGGGUGUUCUACAGCGUCUCAGCCUAACAUAUCUAGCAGUUUCUGCCUUGGAAUUAAUCUUCAGCAAACCAACACCUGAUGCACUAACCCAGAGCCGAACAUGUUUUCUGUUGCAAGAUGUACUUUCACAUUGGCCUAAAUGGAUUGUAAUAUUGGCAUUAGAAGCAGUAUGGCUGUGCUUGACUCUGUUGCUACAAGUUCCAGACUGUCCUUUAGGGUAUUUGGGACCUGGUGGAAUUGGAGAUUUUGGCAAAUUUCCUAAUUGUACAGGUGGUGCAGCUGGUUAUAUUGAUCGUAUGAUCCUGGGACAAGGGCACAUUUAUCAACAUCCAACAUCCAAUGUUAUUUAUAAAUCAACAAUGCCGUACGACCCAGAAGGACUACUGGGAACUAUCAAUUGUGUGGUGAUGGCAUUUUUUGGCCUUCAGGCUGGGAUAAUACUCGUAUUAUACAAAAAUCAGCACAAAUAUGUGUUGGUGAGAUUUUUUUCAUGGGCCAUUAUCAUGGGUGUUCUGUCAGCAGUUCUAACAAAAUGCUCUACAAAUGAAGGGAUCAUUCCGGUGAAUAAAAAUCUCUGGUCUGUCUCAUAUAUCACAACCCUUAGCUGCUUUGCCUACUUCCUUUUGAUGCUCAUAUAUUUUCUAGUGGAUGUGAAGAAAUUAUGGUCUGGGGCUCCAUUUUACUAUCCAGGGAUGAACUCUAUACUGGUAUAUGUAGGCCAUGAAGUAUUUGAGAAUUAUUUCCCAUUCAAAUGGCAGAUGCAAGACAGUCAAUCACACGCUGAGCACCUCACACAGAACUUGCUGGCUACAUCCCUUUGGGUACUGAUCUCCUAUAUCCUGUACAGAAAAAAGAUUUUCUGGAAAAUCUGAGAGCAUGUUUAAAUGACUUUGUGCCAUCCUUAUAAAUUGGCUCAUGCCUUUAACAGACUAAUUAUGCCAUACUCUGAAAAUAUUUUAAUUCAAAAUGGUAUUUUAGGUGGGUCAGUGUAUACAUGUUUCACUGUUUAAAGGUGAUAUGCAGAAAAUACUGUUAGAGGGAACACUGUGCUUGUUAGCUUAUCAGUCUAUUUAUAG